AUGCCCAUCACCGAACUCGCCCUCCUCCACCUCACCCCGGGCACAACGCUCGAAUCACCCACCCUCCGCGCCAACCUCUCCCACGCGAAAUCCGUCCUGCAGAACUACACAAACCGCACUUUCUACUACAUGCAGCAAAUCUCCGAUCCGAGCUGCAUCUACGUAGUGGGAGAAUGGGCCUCGCUAGACCAGCACCUGAACGAUUUCAUCCCCAGCGCAGAUAACCAAGCGCUGUUGGAAAGCUUGAAGGACUACAUCACUGUGGAUUCCAACCUCGAACAUCUCGAUGUGCCGAAUGCGGAGCUGCCGUUGCCGAGAGGGGAGGAGGAACUGGAGAGGGCGAGGAGGGGGGAGCAGGUUUGGAGUAUUACACAUUACACUAUCAAGGCUGGGAAAAGAGAAGCUUUCGAAGUUCGAAUCAGGGAGAUGAAGGAGAAGUUGGAUAGGACCUAUUUUAGUGGGAAAGGCGGGAUUGGAGGUGGAUGGGGUGUUGGGAAGAAGCAGGGAGAGGAUGAUGUGUUUGUGACGCUUUUUGCUUGGAGGACUGUUGCGGAAUAUAACCUGUCUGGGAAAGGGAAGGAGAGGGAGGCUUCUGCGUAUACGAGCGAGUGUGUUGAACGGAACGAUGUUAAGCAUGUCAGGCUUUUGGAUAUUUAA